AUGAAGCUGGUGAUUGUCCUGGGUUUAUGUGUGGCAGUUGCCUUGGCCGCGCCCUCACCAGGGCAACAACAACAGCAGCAACAACAACAGUUCGAACAGCAGAGGAACCAACAACGGCGCGACGACGACGACGAGCAGCAAGACCGACGCGACCGAAGGGACCGCCGCGACCGAAGAGAACGGGACGACGACGACCGUCGCGAACGCGAUCAAGAUCGACGCGACGACGACAGGUAUUACGACCGACAGGACGACGACCGACGCGACGACGACCGACGCGACGACGACCGACGGCUGCGCAGCCAAGACCGUCGGGAGCAGGAGCAGCGACGAGAGCAGAGGAGGCGCGACGAGGACGACGAUGAUGAUGAUGAUGAUCAGGCGUUGAGGAGAUAUCAAGGUCGCGGGGUAUGA